CUUCAAGAGAUAACAAAAUUUUCAGAAGGAAAAGAAGUUUCUCCAGUUCCGCCUGGUGACUUUUUUAUUUGGCAAUUUUGGUUGUAUAGAAGUAAAUAAACCAAACCCACUGGUUGUUCCAUUUCUCGAAUCGUCGACGAUGGGUUGGUUAACUCGAUUUGUAGCAGCAGUGGCUUUCUUAGCCAUAGGCAUAAUAUUUUCCCCAGAAACCUUUGGAUCAAAGUCAGUCGGUCAACUGUCCACUUACCUGAAACUGGCUCACCUCCUCUGCUUUUCCACGGCUUUUGGUGCCGCUCUUUGGGUCACCUUUAUCGGUGGCAUCAUCAUGUUCAAGAAUCUUCCAAGGCAUCAGUUUGGUAAUCUGCAAAGCAAGAUGUUUCCUGCAUAUUUUUGGUUGGUAGGUGUGUGCUGCGCGAUAUGUGUGGCAUCAUUUGGUUAUUUGCAUCCCUGGAAAUCAGCAUCCACCGCAGAGAAGUACCAGCUUGGGUUCUUGCUUUCUUCCUUGGCUUUCAAUCUUGCUAACUUGUUUGUGUUCACUCCCAUGACUAUUGAGAUGAUGAAGCAAAGGCACAAGGUGGAGCGAGAACAGAACAUUGGAGAAGAAGUUGGAUGGUCAAAGAACCAGGAAAUUGCAAAGACUAAUCCAAAGCUUGCUGCCAUGAACAAGAAAUUUGGCAUGAUCCAUGGUUUUUCAUCCCUUGCCAAUAUUAUGUCUUUUGGCAGUCUUGCCAUGCAUUCGUGGUACUUAGCAGGUAAGAUGAAUCUGUAAUAUUGAAUUUCAGAUUGAAACUUGUUUAAGGCUAUGGAUUAUAUUUAUUGGAUAGACAUAAGUGCUCUCUCGUUGAUAUAUUUUCGUAGUUCCUGGCCAAGUUAUGUAGUUUUUGGAAGUGUAAGAAGUUCAUCAUCCUCAGAUAUGUUGAAAUGGUUAUGUACUUUUGAAAGUUCAAGAAGUCCAUCAUCGUCAAUGAAGUUCACAUGAGGCUAGUAGUUGUCUAGUUGAUGGAUAUAUACUUGUGCUUUUCGAUAUGAGAUGUUGAAACAAGCAUUCUAGUUCUCAAACAAUAAUUGCCCUUUGGCUUUUUAUGUAUACAAUUAUCUUUCAUUUUGAGAA